UUCAUCUAUUUACAAGCAUAUUUUAGGUCUGGUAAUUGUAAUGAAUUAUUACCUGGCAGUUGUAACAGUCCAAGCUGCAGUAGUUGACCAUGUACUCCUUUGAAAAAAGGCUGUACCAAGAAGUCAUGGAGAGAACCUCAAUGACAGGAUUUAUUAGACCAUACAGAUCUUUAUUUAAAUUAGACCAUUAUUACAUGAUUUUAAUACCAGUUCAAAUUUCUGUUUAUUUAUUGGUUUUGUAACUCUCACAGCUACUUCCACAAGUGUGAUGUUAUUAGGUAAAAUCUCUCCUCUGGGUACUUCUCUCCACAGAUACAUGACCAUGUGCAGUAACGACUGUUGUAUAUCAUAUUAUCUUUUAAUAGGUGUCUGUGUCUUAUUUUAUGGUAGAUUAUCCUUCUGAAUAGACACAAGCACAAACAUUAUAAUAAGGCUGGUUUCUGGGAGACCAAAUCAACUGUACUCAAGAUCAAAGUCGAGUUAUCUGUAAUAUCAUGUAUUUGAAGACCCCCAUAAAAUUCUUUAUAAUGCAAAUGUGCGUGUGGAAGGUGUGUUAUGUUGGAAUAACUUUGGUAAUGAAAUUGUUUUCACAGCUUUGAUUCAUGUACAAGGUCACCAGGAUUACUGUAGUCUAGAGUUUAGAACUGUGUAUGUGUGUGUGCAUGGUUAUAAAUUCAAUCUGUCUCACACUGUCAAAGUGCUGACCUGCAAGACGUCAGACAGGCUUUCACUCAACCCUAUAACAUACACAGUGAACACAGCAAAGUGACAGCAGGCAGAGACCCCAUGUGUAUGUACAGCAUGAACUACUGGUCUCUGUCAGCACUUUGUGUGGUAUUUACUGGCCAGCAGCAUGUCUAAGGUGUUCACCAGCUGUAUCUGUAAGAACAAGCAGGACGAAGAUGUCAGGGUGCUGGACUAUCGUCACUGUAGCCUCAAUGAGGUCCCCAGGGAGAUCUUCAACUUUGAACGCACACUGGAGGAGCUGUAUGUGGGGGCUAACCAAAUCAAGGACUUGCCUAGGGAGUUGUUUUAUUGUCAUGGGUUAAAGAAACUGAACCUCAGUGACAACGAGAUCACAUCCAUCCCUCCCGCCAUAGCCAGCUUGGUUAACCUGGAGCAUCUGGAUAUCAGCAAAAAUGGUAUACUAGAUCUCCCAGAAAAUAUCAAAUGUUGUAAAUACCUCAGUGUUGUGGAGGCCAGUGUAAACCCACUGGGAAAGCUUCCUGAUGGCUUCACCCAGCUCCUCAAUCUAACCCAGUUAUUCCUCAAUGACACAUUCCUGGAUUACUUACCUGGAAACUUUGGAAGGUUGUCCAAACUGAAGAUUUUGGAAGUGCGAGAGAAUCAUUUGAAAACUCUUCCAAAGUCUAUAAGCAGACUGACAGAGCUGGAGAGACUAGAUAUAGGACAGAAUGACUUUAGUGAACUGCCUGAAGUUGUUGGCAGUCUUGUGAACCUCCUGGAACUAUGGUGUGAUUCUAACCAGAUAACACAGUUACCAGCUGCGCUGGGGACCUGCAAGAACUUAAUGUACUUAGAUGCAACAAAGAACAGAAUAGACUGGAUUGCACCAGAGAUAGAGGGGUGUGUCUCCCUGUCAGACCUGCACCUCACCACCAAUUUACUGGGAGAGUUGCCAGAGUCUAUAGGUCGCCUGAGCAAUCUGACUACACUGAAAGUAGAUGACAAUCAGUUGACCUCAUUACCAUUUUCCAUAGGAGGACUGGUAUCUUUGUCAGAACUGAAUGUGGCCGCCAAUGACCUGGAGGAAAUACCCCCCAGUAUUGGUCUACUGCGACACCUACGCACACUGAUUGCAGAUGAGAACUUCCUCAUGGAACUGCCACCAGAGCUUGGAAGCUGUAGUGGUUUAACAGUCCUGUCUCUGAGAAGCAAUAAGCUGACCUAUGUGCCAGAUGAGAUAGGCAGGAUCCCCAGACUGAGGGUGCUGAACCUGGCUGGCAAUGAGAUCAGGGCUAUACCCUACAGCUUCAUGAAACUGAAGGAACUGCAGGCCCUGUGGCUGGCUGAGAACCAGGCUCAGCCCCUGAUCCGCCUUCAGAGUGAUAUAGAUGUGGACACAGGGAAGAGAAUGUUGACCUGCUACCUGCUGCCUCAACAGGCUUCAAACCCUGAAGAUAUAUACAGUGAUGACAACAGUUUCCAUCCAUCCAUGUGGGAGGAGGAGAACAGGAACAGGCGGGUUAUACAGUUUGACUUUGGAGAUCAGCCAGAUCCUGAGGUGUUUAAACAAGAACCAAGAAAGAUCAAGCUGAGCCGAGUUCCAACGCCAUAUCCAAAGGAAAUGAAAGAGAAGCUGAGGCACACGCGGAAUAUGCAAAUGAGGCAGUUAAUAACCAAUGGAGACGUGCGGUGGAAUUCUUCAUCUGGGAGAGGUCCUGACGCAGUGGAUGGAGAGCAGGGAGAGCCUCCUCCCCCUGGUCCUGGUGCCCCGCCUACUGACAGUGCUGCUAUGGUGACUGUAGGAGAUACUAGUGGGCGGGAACCACACAAGACACACCCACAAAGACACUCCCCUCUGCUUCAGGAGAUGCACUAUAUGUAUAAAUUUGACAAGGAAAAACUACUGAAAGACAAGGCCCGUAUGCAGCAGAAGCAGAACUCUCCUGACAAGGAGGUAGAAAAUGGUGCCAGUGCCAGCAAGCCUAAGUUGAAGAACAGCGGCCAAAAAGAAGGUUCUCCUGUGAAAUCUGAAGUCCAGCAACAGAAAGUGGACAGUAAGAAAGGAAAGAGAAAAAAUGAUGAAGAUGAUGGCGGAUUCCUUGAGGCAGCUUCAUCCAGGUCGGAGCGCCGCGUCAGUCCUCAGAGAAGUCUGGACAACAGUGAGGCAUUCCUCAUCAAAACCCCAGGGUACAAUACCCCGGGGCCCAAUGGGCUGGAGAUCAUCUCAGAGUCCGGCUCCAACAGUAUUAGUUACAAAUCCCAAGUCCCAGUGAAGUCCGAUGCUCCUAUCCCAGCUGACAAGUAUGCCCGCUACAAGCAGCAAGUGAAGAAUGUGAUCUUAAACCGGCUGGAGUUCAGCUCAGAUACUGGGUAUCUGUACCAGAAACAGAAGACGCGCUAUGAUGGCAGGAGAGGCACUAGGAGCACCAAGGACUACGACUCUGAUACAGGCUACAGAAGUGACUAUGCCCUGUACAGACCCAAGCUCCACCAGCAACAACAACCCAGACCUUUGACAGUGGGCAGCUUUGCCAGUGACUGGGAAAUGAGAGCCAAAAUUCAACAGAGUGCCACACAGGAAGGCUACACCAGUGACUCAGAGGGUUUACUACAGAGAGGAAAACUAGAUUAUGACCACCCCCUGGGUCGACCAGGGCAGCUGAAGUACCCUGCCCUAAGCCUACCAGAGAACAUGCACAAUGCCAACCCAGGGAGCAGUUUUACCAUGCAGCAGCAGCAGCAACAGCAUCAACCCUCCCCAGCCUGGAGUUACACCACCACAACCAAUAUCACCCCCAGCAGCGUGCCGUAUGCCAGACGGACUCUGAUCCGUAAUGAUGAGCUGUAUGACAGCCAGCAGACACCUGGCACAGGUGGGCCGAGGAAGGACACUGACAGUACCCCCACUGUGCUGUCCAGGUCAGCUCAUAACCUGUAUGGAGACACCUCCACCCAUCAGACACGUAUUGAGGUGAAGCCUAACAAGGAUGACUGGAGGACAGAGCUGUUUUCUGUGCUGGAGAGGAAGAGGCAGGAGGCAGCUAGUGGCAAGAGAGAAGGGCAGCCAGGACCAGGGAAACCACCAGAGCAGGCUCCUCAGGACAGAAGUUUCAGCACUCACACCAGUGAUGACGAGGUGUUUGCCCCUCCCCCCUACAGACCUGCACCCCCUUACUCCCCUAAGUCUGCCAGAAGAGAGCAGACACCUGCCAACAUGCUGGGGAACAGGUCAGGCAGGGAUCUGGUGCCAAGGGACAGCAACUCUAACUCUCCACAGGUGGGAUCAGGAGAUGGCAGUGGGGUUAUCAACAACAACAAACGUGGUGGGGGUGGGGUGUAUCCUCCAAACUACGGUCCCAGGCCGGACCACAAGCCCAGGAUAUUCAAACCUGCAGGAGAUGGUCAAGAGAGUGACCACCGGUCAAGGCAGGUGAUCAGGUUGAAUGGUCCACCCCCACAGACACUGCCUCACAAGAUAGACAUGUCCAAUCUAAGCAGAACAGGCCUGGUAGGGGGUGGCCAUCACCAGCAGCAUAAGAUGGACUCUCCCAAUCUGAACAGGUCCAGGCCUGAUAUGAGUGAUCCUGUCUCUGCCUCCACACAGAGGCCUGGUGCUGGGGCAGCUUAUCCACCACAUGUACAGCAGAGACUAGGGGGGAAUAGGGGGGAACAGAGGCCUCUGGGAAGUACUAGUUCUGAUGGCUCAGACAAAGAUAGGACUAGAAGGUUUGUUGAUGCUGAUGGUGGCAUGGCAACAAAUAAUUUCCAGUCUUCCUCACCAAUGAAUAGACAUAGUACUGAAGUGAGGCCUGGUUUGCCUUAUGGUCCACCACCAUCAUCAUCAAAUACUAUGCAUAAUGACUCCUCAGCUAACAUGCACAGGGUUAGUGUCUUGAACAGGGCCAGUCAGAACAUGAUGGACAGACCAUCACCAAAUGUGCACAGCAUGAGACUCUCUCCACACCACGACUCUCUCCCACAUUCCACGGGACCUCCUUAUGAACAUGAUCACCAGAGGGAGCUGGGGUAUGACUCUCAGAGCAAUCAGAGCUCAGACUUAAGUGCAAAGAACACGUCUCUGGAUCAUACCAGUGAGAGUGAGCCCCCUCCCCCAGAGAGUCACCAUGAGAUUAGGAACUAUGAAGAUGUGGCCAGGUUUAAGCAGCAGCAGCAGCCAGACCCUCUGUCACAAGUGUCCAGUUCUACGGACAGUGGCUAUGGACACGGACAUCACAUUUAUGAGAAGGUUAAUGAUCUGAGAAUGGGAGGUUACCCUCCUAGUCACCUGCCUCCUCCCAUGAGAGCCCCACCCUCCCCUCCAGGCCACCCCCAGCCCAGCCCCCUUACUGUCCACCCCCAGCCCAGCCCCCUUACCAUCCACUCCCAUCCACCAGAACACCACCAGCUCCACAGGAACCCUCCAGAUAUCACCAGCCCUGUGGAUGGACCUUAUAAUGGAAUGGACCAAAACUACCCCCCAAGGGGACAGAUUUACCCUGGUGGUCAGUAUGACCCUAGGAUGACCAAUAACCUCAGGGACUUCAAGCCGGCCAGAUCUUCCCCAGUAGCUCCUCUAAUAAGAGACCAUCAGCCUCCCUUGCCGCCCCAGCAAGGUACCAGCAGGGGGAAUCCGUACCCUGGUCCACCUAAGGAGCCAAUCUAUGUGUCCAGGAACCAGCUGUUCAGACAGCACAAUGAUGUGGGGUCAGGCAGAGAGAAUGGUCUUCCUGACCAGCCACAACAGAGCCUGUAUCUGGGGCAGAGCAAAUAUGAAGUGCUUCCAGCCACUGUGUUGAAGAACCCAGGUCUAGGGUUCAGUAUAGCUGGUGGGAGGGGAUCCCAGGGCAAUCCAUACAGACCUGAAGACCAGGGUGUUUUUGUGACCAAGGUCCAACCUGAAGGGCCAGCAGCUGCAGAACUACGACCUGGAGACAAAAUUUUGGAGGUCAACGGACAGAACUUUACUCAAGUUGACCACAGUCGUGCAGUGUCCAUCUUAAAGAACAGUGGCCAGACUGUGUCCCUGCUGGUAGAGAGAGAAAGAGAGUUGGCCUCUAAGGUUUAGGCUGCUUAUAAACUGUUGAUAUGGAAAUAUCUUUAACUUGAAAAAACAUAGUCAAAUAGCAAUAAAAAGAAUCUGACAGUUCUUAAAUGUGCUAUUCAAAACCGUGAUGCUGACCCUGAAAAGUGAUGCAUUCUAUUGGAUGUCUUAUCAAAGGUUAGAAUAACUUAUCAUACUUAAAUGGUCAUUUUAGGAAUUUUAUCUGCAACUCAUAUGAUUGGGAAUUCGAUUAUUUCCUUUUUAUAUUGUGACUGAGAGUUGAUAUGUAUAUUAUGUAUUAAAUAAGUAUUUGUAGUGCUCUGGUUGAUCCAUAAAAUCAGGACAUGUGAUACCAUGUCAAAGCAAUAAUGAACUGAUUAAGUCAGCAGUAGUAGCCUUACUUGUUUUAUAAAGGUCCAAACAAUAUACAUAACUCUUAAUCAUAUCCAGCAGCACAAUUAUCCUAGGAAUUUUAGUUUCUACAUAUCAUUUAGGAUGCAACCUGUUUAUACUAUGCAGCUUGGUGUUAUGAAGGUCAGAUUCAUCAAUUAUAGCAUUUAUCACUGAAUAUAGUUUUGUUUGUGAUGAAAACAAUAGACAGAAAUGUCUUUUUGGCCAGAAUCUGUGCAGUUAGUAAGUGCUUUCAGUUAUACAUUUUAUAACAUUGUGUAAGGUAUAAAGCACUUUCAUUGUAGAAACUGUAUAUUGUUUAGUUGUACCUUUAUUAUUUCUUUUAUUUAAAGGUUUUAGUAGAAAUGCUACUUGCCAAUCUUUAAUCCAUGACUUUAGUUCUUUUUUAUUGAUACAUGACAUUUUCUCUUAAAGACUUGUUUAUUUUAUUUAUGAAAAUAGAUGUACGAUUUAUAGCAUUGUAUUUAUUGUAUCUGCAGUUUAACUGUACUUAAGUAUUAUGUAUAUGUAAACUUUAUUUAUACAUUCUUUUCGGGACAUUUUAAUGUAUUUUUGCUGAGAAAUGUCUGUCACCUACUUUUAGUAAAAAUCUGUAGUUGUUUUCCAUAUUUAUAAUUUUAUUCCAAAUUAAUGACACAAACUGUCAAUUGUCAUAACAUUUGUUGCUCUUUUACUUUUUAAAGAGGCAGGAUUUCCAGAAAGAAUUUAUUAUGGUAAAUAAGAAAUUGUACAACUUACUUUGAACAAAAGGAUGUCAUUUAAGUGAUCUCUUUUGUAUAUUUUUAAAUUAAAUACAAACAUCUUGUGAAAAUAUAGGUUUCAUUUCUAUAAUUCCAUAUAUACAUUUAUAUGUAUGUGCAAAGUGCUAUUUAUUUAUUUGAAGUCUAGAUAAGCUGGUAUCCUCUUACUGAAUGCACCAAAUACUUCUUUAGUAGAACGUACACAUGUUAUAGAUCUGAUAGACCUGACAUAAAGAAUUGGUUGUGAAUUUUAUAAUAGCUAGCUUAUGAAGAUCUUAUCACGGCAUGGAGCAAUGCCAAUAUGUAUAUUGUAAAUGUAUUAUUAUAUGAUGGUAUACGUCUAUUCAAAGGUGCAUUUUUUAAAGUAUCUUAUCAGUGUGGCGCUUUAAACCAAAAUAAGUGCUAUGAUUGAAAUUGUAAAUAACUGUAUAGUUCACAAACACUAGGAAUAGCAUUAACCAGAGUGAAUUGCAAAGUGUGAUUAAAUUAUGCACCACAGGAAAAUUCCCCAAAUAAAAAUAUAUUUUGA